AUGGCAGACUUUGAUGAGUUUAAGAUGGACUUGAAGAUUGAGCGAGUGACGCCGAGCGAUGAAGGCGAAUAUAUAUGUCUCUACAGGGGGGAAAAACUUGUCCACGAAAAACACGUCUAUUUAAAGGUGCUCGCAGUACUUAAGGGACACACUCUUAAUGCAGUUCCACCAUUUAUAAAUCCGAAUGGAUCCUCGAAUACCAGAGUCGUUGUCCGCGAGGGGCUAACCCAAAAACUGAUAUGCAACGUAUCCGGCGUUCCUGCUCCAACAGUCAAGUGGUACGUAAGCACAACCGACGGAAAAGCGCGGAGAGUCAUCACCGCCAAAGAUCAGCCACGAUUUCUUCUCUCCAUCAGCGCCCUUAUAAUAUCAAACGUCACAAGGGACCUUCGUGGGGUGUUCACUUGCGUUGCCUACAAUGGCAUUGAAGGGAAGGUCUCCAGGAACAUCCAUUUAGAUGUCUAUUUUCGUCCCGUCGUAAAAAUGAGCGCUGAGGUAAUCUACAGGAAGCCCUAUCAAACAACUAUGAUUUUUGCUAUUGUCAUUGGCAAUCCAAUAUACAGUCUUUACUGGGAGUUUGACCACAAACCCAUUCGUAGUGUCAAUGGUGACUGCUUCUUCACACUGUCCGGUGAUAAGUACUGCGUUGUCUCAGAUCGUGAAACCGCAAAUCCCAUGACAGUAAGGACAAAGCUCACAAUUUACAACUUGACUUUGGACGACUAUGGAACAUAUACGUGCGUGGUACACUCGCCCUUCGGCAUGGAACGUGGCUCCACAAAGCUUGUGCAAAAGCUUAAAAUCAACACUCUUUCGCUUAUCUUCUUCUUCCCAGUGAAACCAGACGAGACUAAAUUCUUUCCAACUUUAUGGAAUCCAUCGUCUUGGAGGGCCAGUCAGGGUGAAUAUGCCUCCCAACAAACUCCAAAGGCCGCAACAUCUGGCGAACCGAAGAAGUUUCUAUCACUCUUUCUAAAUGUCCUCAUUGGCGUAAACGCUUAUUUUUUGCUGCCGCUUUGA